AUGGAAUUGAAGCCAAACCUCCUCUUCUCGUUCUUCUUCUCCAUUUUCCUAAUCGCGACAACAUGCGCAUCGGUUUCGGGGAUACUCGUCCACACCUUCAACCAGCUGGGGAACGGCAAGGUCCUGAACGUGCACUGCACCUUGGACCUGUCAACAGACAUGGGAGCCCACGACAUCCCAGACAGCGGCUCCUAUGAGUGGAGCUUCAGUCAAGAGGGAGAGAACGGCAGUCUGCUCGAGUGUGACGCGAGCACGAAGGGGGCGGCCAACGUGCUCCAUUUCGCCGGGUAUCUCAAGAGCAGGGACGCGUGUACGUCUAACUGCGACUGGCGGUUCACAGACAAGGGGGUGUUCCGAUUAGUUGAUGGGCAGUGGAGGUUUCAUUUCUCGUGGCCAUAG